AUGAGCAACGAUUCUCUAAAGCAGCUUGCGAGAUAUCACCCAAACCACCCUGAACCAAAAGUAGUAGCAGAAUUCUUUGGAUAUAUCAAAGAUGUGAAUUACGUUGAUCCUGAUCUAGUUGAUCAUCAAAACUGGAGAAACGAAGAAGAAAUGAAGGAAGCAGCUUAUGCUGAAGAGCUAAAGGCUCUUUUAGAGUUCAAAACCACCCGUAAUGACUGGUUUGUGAAAGAGCAAAGGAGGAGAGGUAAGAAAGUCACUCCUAAAUCACAGGAGGGUGAGGGAUCUUCAUCGCAGCCAAAGAAGAAACAAAAGAAAGUGACAAAGACAUUAUUGAUUGAUGAACCUGAGGUAGAUGAGCCGGUGGUUACUACGAAAGAAGAUCCGUAUGCUGAUAUUGAUCAAUUGAUGUUGAACGUUGAUGAUUUAGUGUCUGAGCAAGCCGCUGAUGUAGAAGUUCAGAAAGAGAAAGUUCUUGAUGAUGUUGAAGGUGAUGAUGUCAAGAAAAGUACAACAAGCUCUUCGAGUUCUUCAGAUGAUGAAGUAGAUGAGACUGAACGUCUAAGAAGAAUUCAAGAGGCUACAGAAAAAGAGAAACAAUUACAGAAGAGGAAGAGACAGGAGAAAGAUGAUGCUGCCUAUGUUCCAUCUCCAGAGCACGAUUCUGAAUCACAAUCACCUUCAAGCGGAAAAAAGAAAGCAGGUGCAAAGAAAAGGAUUGUAUCUCCGAAAAUGAAGAAAGUUACUACAAAGAUUACAAAGCCGAAGAUUGCGUUAAAGAAGAACCAGCCAAAGAACCCAGUAAACCAUCAACACCACCUCCUGAUCCUACAUCAAUACAAUCACCACAACAAUCAACACCUCCACAACAACAAACACCUCCACAACAACCAACACCUCCACAACAACAUUCAUCUCCAAAACAACCAACACCACCCAGACAACCAUCACCACUACAUCUCUCACCACCACAACAACAAACCUUGCUCACAUCUCAAGAAAUAUUUCAAACACCACCACUCACUCAAAUUCAACCAACUCCUGGUUCUUCUGGCCACAGAGGUCUUCACAUUCCUCCGGAUAAUCUUGAAGAUAUUAGGAGAUUUUGGCUUUGCAAACGAUGAACAAGUAAAGAAGUUAGAAAAGAAGAUGGAUGAAGUGCUGAAGGAAAACAAAGUUGUUGCAGCUAAAAGUAAGAAAGUUGCUGAACGUGAAAAGAUUCUCGAAAUGCGAGUGAAGAAAUUAGAGUCUGACAACAAGGCAUUGUUGAAGAAGAUUGAAACAGAUCAGACUGAGAUUGAUUUCCUAAAGGUGCGAGUGGCUGAACUUGAAGAAGAAAAGGCUCGCAGAGAUGAACAGAACAAAUAUUUCGAGAUGAAAAACAAAGAGCUUGAGGCUGCAAAGGCAUUGAAAGAGCAUGAUUUCUACAUGUUGAAUAAAGUAGUGGAGAAUAUGCUCGGAACGUCAAUUGAACAAAGAUUCGAAGAGAUACAAGUAGAAGAGCUUAGGGCAAAACGCCAAGCUGAAAUUGACGAACAGAUGAAAGAUAAGGGUAAGGGUGCUGAAAGCAGUGUGGCAUCUGUUGGGAGAUCAAUUGUUCCUUCCCUAGUCAUUGAGAAUCCAGUUCCUAUAUCUUCCGUUCAUGGUUCCGAUGAUGACAAUGACGAUGAUGAUGCUCAAGGUGGUAUGGGAAUUAAAGUAACUGAAGCUUCCAAUGAAAGAACUAUUGAUGAUUUUCUGAAUAAUACUAUGAAUGAAGAGACAGGGGGAGCUGAAGGAAAGGGGGAGUCUAGUGAUGCUCAAAAUGUUGAACAUGUUGAAAAGUUAGUUUUGAGAUUGGAUACUUAUAGGGAAGAAGGUGAACACUUUCAUACGUAUACAUUGGAAAAGAUUAAAGAAAUGACACGUAUGGUGGAUCCUAAUUUCAAGUUUGAUUUUGAAGAGGAAUUAAAUGCAUUCGACAUCAACUACCAACCUGAAUAUGAGUAUAAGUAUGUAGAGGAUGCUGAUAUGUACGACAGGGUUGAGGUUGAGGAUUGCACAGAUGAUGAGAGUGUUAGUGAAGAUACUUCUCAGUAUCCUAUGCUGAUGGAGUUCUAA